AUGAACUUUGAGGACAUUACACAGGACGCCCAGAAACCCUCCGUCUCAGAGAUGCAGCCGCUGCUGCUGUCCCUGCUGUGGGCAGGGUCCUUGGCUCAGGGUUGGAGAUACAGGCUGCGAGUGCAGGAGUCCGUGACGGUGCAGGAGGGCCUGUGUGUCUGCGUGCCCUGCUCCUUUUACUAUCCCCAGAGCUACUGGAAUAAAUCUGUUCCAGCUCACGGCUACUGGUUCCGGGAAGGGGCCAGGAUCCACCAGGAUCCUCCAGUGGCCACAAACAACCCAGGUCGUGAGGUGCUGACGGACACCCAGGGCCGAUUCCACCUCCUCGGAGACCCCCGGACCUCCAGCUGCUCCCUGGACAUCAGAGACGCACAGAGGAGAGACACGGGGACGUACUUCUUUAGGGUGGAGAGAGGGCCUCAUGUGAGACAUAGUUACACACAGAGCGUGUUCUCCCUGCGUGUAACAGCUCUGACACAGACACCCGACAUCCGCGUCCAGGGGAGCCUGGAAUCUGGCCGCCCCAGGAAUAUCACCUGUGCAGCGCCAUGGGCCUGUGAGAGGGGGACGCCCCACACCUUCUCCUGGAUCGGGCUUGCCCUCACUUCCCUGCACCCCGAGAGCCCCCAUUCCUCAGCGCUCCCCCUCACCCUGGGACCCCAGGACCACGGCACCAACCUCACCUGUCGAGUGACCUUCCCCGGAGCUGGCGUGAGCGCGGAGAGGGCCGUCAGGCUCGACGUGUCCUGCGCCCCACAGAACCUGGACGUUCGUGUCUUCCGGGGAAAUAGCACAGCUCUCUCUGUCUCCCUGGUCCCAGAGAUCCUGGGCAAUGCCACCUCCCCUCGAGUCAUGGGGGGCCAGUCCCUGCGCCUGGUCUGUGUUGUCGACAGCAGCCCACCCACCAGGAUAAGCCGGGCCCGUGGGUGCCUGACACUGAGCCCCUCACAGCCUUUGCACCCCGGGGUCCUGGAGCUGCCCCAGGGGGUCUUAGGGGAUGGAGGAGUAUUAACCUGCCGAGCUCAGAACCUGAGGGGCUCCCUCCGUGUCUCCCUGAACCUAGUUGUACAGGGUGUUUCCUGUUCCUUCCCCCAAGUCUCUGGGGAGCGGAGAGAGGGCUCUGGGCCUCUAGUCCUCACCUGGCUCAGGGGGGCCCUGAUGGGGACGGGUUUCCUUCUCACCUGUGGCCUCACCUGGAUCUACUGUGCCAGGUGCAGAAACCCCCAGGGGAAUAGGGUUGAGGUGUGACUUGAGUCCCCUUCUUCACGGUGGUGCUUCAGAGGACUAGCCCUGCACUCCCAUGCUCUGCCCCUGAACUCCACCCUGCCCCCACCCAUCGCCGUCAGCAGAGGCCCCGGUAAGAAGGGCUUACUGGAGACUUUCACUUCUGCUUCCCCAACGUACCAGUCACAGCAUCUGGGGAACGAGCGCGUCCCAGGGCAGGUCCAAGCGCCUGAGAUGCUCCUCUUGGCUGUGCUGUGGGCCGGGUCAUGGGCUCAGGAUCCCGGUUUCCAGCUGCGGGUGCAGGAGCUGGUGAGGGUGCAGGAAGGCCUGUGCGUGGCCGUGCCCUGCUCCGUCUCCUAUCCCGCAAUAGGUUGGAUUCCCUCCACCCCAGCUUACGGCUUCUGGUUCAAAGACCAGACCACCACAGACAGUGAUCUGCUAGUGGCCACAAACAAGCCGGGUCAAGACGUGCAAACACAGACCCAAGGCCGAUUCCAGCUCCUUGGCGAUGCCAGACAGAAUUGCUCUUUGCUCAUCAGAGAUGUACGUAUGGAGGACAGUGCAUUGUACUUCUUUCGGUUGGAGAGAGGCCAUUACGUGCGAUAUAAUUUCAUACAAGACAAGUUCCGUCUGGAGGUGACAGCCCUGACUCAGAAGCCACAGAUCUACAUCCCAGAGACUCUGAAGCCUGGGCACCAGGUGACACCCAUCUGUAUGUUUGACCGGACCUUUGAGGAAUGUCCAGCCCCUACUCUCUCCUGGAGGGGGGCCAUCGUCUCCUCCCGCGAGGCCAGGCCAAGAACUUCCUACUUCUCAGCCCUCACCUUCACACCCAGACCCCAGGACCACGGCACUAAGCUCACCUGUCGAGUGGACUUCUCCAGAAAGGGACUGAGCACAGAGAACACCGUCCUACUUAGCGUGGCCUAUGCCCCCAAAGACCUGGUUAUCAGCAUUUCCCAGACCGAUGUACCAGCCCUGGAGCCGCAGGGAAACCGCCCCCAUCUGGAAGUCCAGAAAGGCCAGUUCCUGCGGCUGCUCUGUACGGCUGACAGCAUGCCCCUUCCCACACUAAGCUGGGCCCUGCAGGACAGAGUCCUCUCUUGGUCCCACCCUUCGGGCUCCGGAACCCUGGAGCUGGUGCUGCCCGGGGUGAAGGCUGAGGAUGCGGGUCGCUACACCUGCAGAGCUGAGAACAGUCUUGGCUCUCAGAGCCGCAGCCUGGAACUCUUCGUGCAGUAUGCCCCAGAGAACCUGAAAGUGAUGGUCUCCCAAGGAAAUAGGACAGUCCUGGAAAACUUGAGAAAUGGCACAUCUCUUCCGGUCCUGGAAGGCCAAAGUCUGCGUCUGCUCUGCGUCGCUUACAGCAACCCCCCAGCCCGGCUGAGCUGGGCCCGAGGGGGACAGACUCUGAGCCCCUCCCAGCCCUCAGAUCCUGGGCUCCUGGAGCUGCCUCAGAUACAAACAGAGCAUGGAGGAGAAUUCACCUGCGGAGCUCAGAACCCUCUGGGCUCCCAAAGUAUCUCUCUGAGCCUCUCCGUGGUCUACCCCCCGCAGCUGCUGGGACCCUCCUGCUCCCAGGAGAAUGAGGGUCUGCACUGCAGCUGUUCCUCCCGAGCCCGGCCGGCCCCCUCCCUGCGCUGGCGGCUGGGGGCGGGGCUGCUGGAGGAGAAUUUCAGCAACGCCUCCUUCAAGGUCACCUCCAGCUCGGCUGGGCCCUGGGCCAACAGCUCCCUGAGCCUCAGCGAGGGGCUCAGCCCUGGCCUCAGACUCAGCUGCGAGGCCCAGAACAGCCACGGGGCCCAGAGCGCCACUGUCCUGUUGCUGCCAGAUGAGAAGGGAUUCGCCUCCAAAGCGUUCUCCAGCGGAACGUUUCUAGGAAUCGGCCUCACGGGCCUCCUUUGCCUCUGCCUCAUCCUGAUCAUCAUGAAAGCUCUGAGGAAGAAGUGGACCCAAGCAGAGGUUCCGGCCCCGGCCCCGGGAGAGACUCCGAGGUCCAGGCUGUCACGGAGGAGCACGCUCCUGGAUUACAUCAACGUGGUCCCGAAAGCGGGCCCCCUGGCUCAGAAACAGAAGGCCAAACCAAGCAGUCCUCCCUGGGCCCCCGCUCCAGAGGCUUACCCCCCGGAACCCAGAAAGAACCAGAAGGAACUCCAUCUUGUUUCCCACAAUUGUCCAGGACCCAAAUCGUCCACUCAAGCCCCAGAAGCAGAGAACAACCAGGAGGAGCCCCAUUAUGCUGUCCUCAACUUCCCAGGCCUCAGACCAUGGGACACCCAGAGGCCCAAGGAUGCAUAUCCAGAGUAUGCUGAAAUCCAGUGCCCCUGAGGGUCUACUGGGCUGGAGGACCGGGAUCCAGGCCGGGGAGAAAGGCAGAGCAAUUGGGAAGAGGAGAACAGAGUGUAGUCUGUCUGUCUUUCUGUCUCCCUCUCUCCCUCAUUUCAUCGUCCAAGGAUGGGAUGAUCCCAUCCCAGAUCCUAGCAUUUUGGAACAGCUUGAUGAAUAUCUCCAGAGCGGCCUUCUCCAAAUACACUGUUCUAAGCAAGGUAAAGCUUUUCCUCUGACUAAACCUAGGCACCACCCUGGCUGAAUACUCAACAGUCUCAGUUUCUCAAUGGUGGGAGGACCUUUAACGAUGAUUAAGCGCUCAUCUUUGCCAACCUCACAGGUCAAGUCUGGGCGGCUGCCUAUUUUGCUGCCACCUGUGAGCCAAGAGUGUGUUUUACAUUUUACAUGGUUAAGGGGAAAAUCAAAAGAAG